AUGGAUGACCAAUUGAUGUUGGGUCCGUAUUCUCACGUGCCGCUCGGCCCCGGCGGCCCCGGUGGCCCCGGCGGCGGCGCCGGCAGCGGCCUAGCGGAAGGGGCCUCCGGCAUGGACGCCGCGGCGGAGAUGGUGGGCACCAUCCGGUGCGCCGGGUGCGCCGGGGCGGCGGGGGAUUACCUGGGCCCACCCGACCUGUCGAACGCUUGCAGCUGGUGCGGGGGAAGGCUGCCGCUGUGCGACCGUUGCGCCAGGGCCGUGAGCUUCAGCGCGAUCGGCGAGACCGGCGGCGGCGGCGGCGAUGGAGUCUCGGGGGACGAGAUGAUCGCGGCGGAGGCGGUGUGCUGCUGCGGGUGCGCCAGGCUCGUGUGCUCGGGCCCCGAGUGCUCGACGCGCUGCUCGAACACGAGCUGCGAGACUGUUUUCUGCUCGAGCUGCCGGCUCUCGCUCUCGGAGUGCUCUGGCUGCUUGAUGCCGCACUGCCGCCGAGCCGGCGACCCCGACACGGACUGCCUCUUGCCCUGCCAGGGACACCCGGAGUGCCGGGAGGGGUGCAACGCGGACAGGUGUUUGUUGUGUGUGAUGAGAUCGAGGCCUUGCGAUAUGUGCGGGCACCCCGUUAGCGCCGAUCGCGUGCGAGAGCACAUGGCGUCGACGACGGGUUUCAUCGAGAAGUGGUCCAAGUUCUGCCUGGGAAAGAACAGCAGGAGGAGGGAGGAGUCCGUCGCCGCUGUGGCCGGGGCAUCGGCGGGUCCUUCGGAGGUGCAUCAUCCUCCCCGCUCGAUCGCCUUGCGCGCGGAGGUCGCCCACCGCUGGAUGUCCGUCGCCGCCGGCCGUGGCGCGUCCGCUGGUGGUAGUUGCGCUGCCGUCGCUGGUGGUGCUGGUACUGGCGUUGGUGGGGCGGGUAUCGGCGCUGCUGGUGCUGCUGCUGCUGGUGUCGCUUCCGGUGCCUCGGGCGUCAGAGCCGGCAGUGCUGUUUUUGCUGCCGGUGUCAGUGCUGCCGCUGCUGGCGCAACCGCUGCUGGUGCAGCUGCCGGUUGCGGUGUCGGUGGUGGUGGCAGUGUCGCUGCUGGCGCUGCUGGUGUCGGCCCUGCUGCCGCCGGUGUGGGAGCUGGUGCUGCUGGUGCUGCUGGUUGUCGUACCGCUGGAAGUGGUGCCUCUGCUGCUGCGGGGGCGGACAUGGGCCGCGCGAACACGUCGACGCUGGUGCCGCACGCCGCCGAGGCCUUGCAGACCAAGCCUCCUCCUGCUGCAAUCCCCCAGCCCACCAAGCCUGCGGCGGCCGCAGCUGCGGAGAGCGCUAUUGGUAGUGUAAGGGCGGUAGAGGAGAUUGUGCCUGUCGGGUCCGCUGGUCAUGGCGAGGGCGUGCGGGGCGCGGCGGUAGGGGAGUCGGCCGACGAGUCUUGGCUUCUGGGCGCGAGCGUCUUGCGCAUACUCGAACAAGCGCGGAAAGCGCUGGGUGGCGGACAAGGGGGUCGGCGGCUUCCCGUCGAGCACGUGCGGCAAGUGGUGGCCAUGUGGGAGGAGGAGGAGGAGGAGGAGGGGGACCUUGCUGGGGUGCGACGCUCGACGCUUAGGGGCGUGACGAGCGUCGAGACGGUUAAGGCCCUUUUCUCUGGAUGGGUAGAGUCAGACGUGGUGGAUUUAUACCACGGCGGCUCGGAAGACGUGCGGCAAACCCUGAAGCAGUGCCGGGAGACGAUGGAACAGGUGGUCGCGAUCGAGCACGCCGCGUCCACUGUCGAGGCGUGGACGAUGUACACCUCACCGGACCACGACAAUCGGCCGUACUGGCACAACGCUCAGAAGAACGAGGCGACAUGGGAAAACCCUUUCGAGCAACAGCAAAGGCUGCAAGAGGUCCAGCAGUCGCAGGCGCAGCCUAGAGGAGCCACGGCCGCGGCGGGUGGUGGAGAGGAAGGAGGAGCUGAAUCAUCGUCAAGCGCCAGCACGACCGUUUCCCAGCUUGCCAAAGACGGAGACUCGAUGGCGGAGAGCUGGAAAGCCGGCGGGUUCAACCACGGUCAGUUCACUUCUUGGAUGGGCCGCGCCCUAAGAACGCGGUCGGAGAUUCAAACGCGUCACGAGGAGGGCAAGAGCGGUGGCGGCCUUGCGAAGUUCAGCGCGCCCGUGCAAGAUAGCCCCAGGAGUGCGACCAACGACGUCCGCUGGCCCCUCGCGGCGUGGCCUGAGUCUUCGGUGGCGACGCGUGUGGCCGCACAGGUCCCGCAGGCAUCGGCGGCGGCGGUAGGCGAGGAUCGACGCGAAAAGGCGGGCCCGGCUGCUGCCAAUGCCGGUGCUGCCAAUGCCGGUGCUGCCAGUGCCGGUGCUGCCAGUGCCGGUGCUGCUGGCGGUGGUAGUGCUGGUGGUGCUGCUGGUAGUGUUGCCAGAGCAGCCGUGCCGUCAUCGAACAUCCCUCGGGCAACAACGGGCCGGGAACAAAAGGUACCCUCGCCGGCGGCGGUAGAGACGAAGAAGGCCCCCGCGGUCGAGGCCGCCGGCCUCAAGCCGGCGGGGCAGGAGACAGCGGCGGCGGCGGCGGCGGCGGCGGCGGUGGCAAAAAAGCCUGCUGCGGCCAAGGCGGCGGAACAACCGCCGCCGCCGCAGCAGCUCCUCAAGAGGGGGGCUAGCGCGGGGAAGACGGAAGCCGCCGCUGCCGCCGCCGGAGCUGUCCGCGUGGGGACCCUGGAGGCUCAGAUGGCUGACCUGCAGGCGGCCGAGGAGCGCAAGCAGGCGGCUAAGGCUAAGAAAGCGGCGAGGCGAGCGGAGGAGGCGGCUGAGCGGGAGGACAGGGAGAUGCAGGAGGCCGUCGCCAGGAAAGAGGCCGCCGCACGCAGGAGGGAGGCCACCGCCGCCGCCGCCGCUCGGACCAAGGCAGAGGCCGCCGCCAGAGAGACUGCUCGGAUCGCGGAGGCUAAGGCCGCCACAGAAGCCAGAGUGAUGGCGGCGGUGGCUGCACAGGCCAAGGCCGAGAAGGAGGCCAAAGAGGCCGCCAAGAAGACCGCCAAGGAAAACGAUGACUUACAACAGGCAAACCGGGCGAAGAGGCAGGAGCGGGCCAAGGCCGUCGCAGACGCAAAGGCGGCGAACGAAGCGAGGGCCGCGGAGAAGGCACAACGGGAGGAGAGGGCGGCGGCGGCGGAGGCAGCGGCGGCGGCAGCGGUGGCCGCGGGUCCGGCGAUGAGGGGCGGCGGGGUGGGAGGAGGAGGAGCGCUCUUGGCGCACAUGUCGCUGGAGGUCCGGCUCAAGAAGGCUAUCGACAGCGGAGUGAGUGAGGCCGUGGGCUGGCCGUCGAACACGCUGGCGGUCCAGUCGAUCUACGACGAGGCGGACCAAACGCCCGGUGCCAGCAUCAAGAAGAUCAAGAAGAAGUGCAAGAAGUGGCUCAACAAAAAGGAGGGGGAGAACAGCAACAAGGAUUGACCGCUUCUGCUUGCUUGCGCCACUAUCGGUUUGCGUCACGAUGGGGCUGGGGGCACGGCAUGGGGGCUAACACGAAAGGUAUUCCCGAAGUGAAAAUAUACCACACAUAUUAACCACAAGUCAACAUCUAUCUAAUACUUGAACGUAUAUGGUAAUUGCUAUACACAUACAUAUAUCCACGACAACACUAGCUCCCCGGAACAGAACGUCUUAACAGGUAGUAGCUGGCAGUGUUGUCCACUCGUACGUUUAGCAGUCCCUGUGCUCCAGCACUGAUGAUGCUUCAACGUGAUCGGGCGCAAACAGAAUGUCCUGCGAGCAGCUUUUGCUCGGUGCGCAUGCCUCCUCUUCUAUACGCACGCAGACAUCCUCUUUGCACACAAUAAUAUAUGCUCACUUCUCAUCAACUCCAAUAAACACCAAUUUCAGACUCCUCCCCCCUAGGUUGGAUCCAUCUGAAAUACUCUCUUUAUUGUAUUUUCCGAAGUGUCAUUUUUAUUAUUGUUUUUCCACGAAGUCUGGAAGGUAACUCUCUGGCCAAUAACGAGGGGACGACACCAGUCGCUUCCCUCUCUCCUCCAGAGUCCAAGUCCCCCUUCCAUGUCAACUGGCAGGUCCAAACAAAAUGCCGUCUCAGUACACCGAGACCCCCCAAUGGUACUCCAUACCAUUGGCAUCCACC